GUGACCCUGAAUGGGUUUUAUAUCCCCUCUGAGUCUUAUUGCUCAUAUGGGGCUAAAGUGGAGAUAAUAAUCCAUCUCAUAGAGUUGUAGGGAGUAUAUAUUUUAUUUAAAGUAAAAUGCGAGCUCUUUACCGUCAGCCACAAGAUUUCUCCCUAGUUCUGAAAUGCCAUUUCAUUUCAGCCUACACCUCAUCUUGAACGACCUGCUUGGCCUUACUGCAGAGUUAUGGCCUAGCCUUUUUCUGCCUCAACAUUUUAAGCUGCUUCCUGCACCUCUCCCACCAUUGACAUGGUAGUUCUGUUUGCCUACAUGUCCUUCAGUGGUUCUCCCAGUGGUUGGUUCAUUCUUAGGUCUUUAACACCAGCGUCACCGCCUCGGAGAAGCCUUCCUUGACUUCCUUAUAGCUCCUUCAUUAAUCCCAAGUAAUCAAGUGGGUAUCACACUUGAAGACUGGGGGUGAUUAUCCCAUUUUCCCUAGCAAUGGACUCUUGAGUAUAGAGAAGAAAAGCAAGAGGAGAACACAGGAUAUAUCUGGAAGCCUGGGAGGCAGACAAUGAUCUGAACAAAGUGAACCCUAGUGGUGUGACUGUGCCAUCUUGAAAUUUUCCAACAGAAAAUGGCUCCAAAGGUUAAAUGAAGCUGGAAAAAUACAUAGAUGCAGCAUCGCAGCCUCUCCAGAUGUUUACGGAUAAUAUUCCAGAGAGAGGUUGAUCCCCUUGGAUUAGGUAACUAGUCAUAAUGAAGAAAAUUAGUCUUAAAACCUUCCGGAAAUCUUUUAACUUGAAUAAAAGUAAAGAAGAAACUGAUUUCAUGGUAGUCCAACAACCAUCACUAGCCAGUGACUUUGGAAAAGAUGAUUCCUUAUUUGGUAGCUGCUACGGUAAAGAUAUGGCCAGCUGUGAUAUCAACAGUGAAGAUGAAAAAGGUGGCAAAACCAGAUCAAAAAGUGAAAGCCUGAUGGGUACGUUAAAAAGGAGGCUUUCUGCGAAACAGAAGCCGAAAGGUAAGGCCAGCACGCCCUCUGGGAGCUCUGCCGAUGAGGAUACCUUCUCCUCCUCCUCAGCACCGAUAGUCUUUAAAGAUGUGAGAGCUCAGAGGCCGAUAAGGUCCACGUCCCUCCGCAGUCAUCACUACAGUCCCACCCCCUGGCCUCUUCGACCUACAAACUCCGAGGAGACGUGCAUCAAGAUGGAGGUGAGAGUCAAAGCCUUGGUUCACUCUUCUAGUCCGAGUCCCGCGCUGAAUGGCGUUCGGAAGGAUUUUCACGACCUUCAGUCUGAGACUGCGUGCCAGGAGCAGGCUAAUUCACUGAAGAGUUCAGCUUCUCAGAAUGGAGACCUGCAUCUCCACCUGGAUGAACAUGUGCCUGUAGUUAUUGGACUUAUGCCUCAGGACUACAUUCAGUAUACCGUGCCUUUAGAUGAGGGGAUGUAUCCUCUGGAAGGAUCGCGUAGCUAUUGUCUGGACAGUUCUUCUCCCAUGGAAGUCUCCGCGGUUCCUCCUCAAGUGGGAGGGCGCUCUUUCCCUGAAGAUGAGAAUCAGGUAGACCAGGACCUAGUUGUGGCCCCAGAGAUCUUUGUGGAGCAGCCGGUGAACGGCUUGUUGAUUGCCACCGCAGGAGUCAUGCUGCAGAGCCCCAGAGCGGGUCACGAUGAUGUUCCUCCACUCUCACCAUUGCUACCUCCAAUGCAGAAUAAUCAAAUCCAAAGGAACUUCGGUGGACUCACUGGCGCAGAUGUCCACGUGGCUGAAAGUAUGCACUGUCAUUUGAAUUUUGAUCCUAACUCCGCGCCUGGGGUUGCAAGAGUUUAUGACUCAGUGCAAAGUAGUGGUCCCAUGGUUGUGACAAGCCUUACAGAGGAGCUGAAAAAACUUGCAAAACAAGGAUGGUACUGGGGACCAAUCACUCGCUGGGAGGCUGAGGGGAAGCUAGCAAAUGUGCCAGAUGGUUCUUUUCUUGUUCGGGACAGUUCUGAUGACCGUUACCUUUUAAGCUUGAGCUUUCGCUCCCAUGGUAAAACACUUCACACUAGAAUCGAGCACUCAAAUGGUAGGUUUAGCUUUUAUGAACAACCAGAUGUGGAAGGACAUACAUCCAUAGUCGACCUAAUUGAACAUUCAAUCAGGGACUCUGAAAAUGGAGCUUUUUGUUAUUCAAGGUCUCGGCUGCCUGGAUCUGCAACUUACCCUGUCAGACUGACCAACCCAGUGUCCCGGUUCAUGCAGGUGCGUUCUUUGCAGUACCUGUGUCGUUUUGUUAUACGUCAGUAUACCAGAAUAGACUUAAUUCAGAAACUGCCUUUGCCAAACAAAAUGAAGGAUUAUUUACAGGAGAAGCACUACUGAAAGAUUGAGAACCCUGCAUCUUGCACUUUGGGAAUAAGAAAAAGAGAUUGAAAUACAGUUUACAAACUUUUAUUGCCAUCAAAAUCUUUUGCUGCCAUAACUCUUUCAGUUUUAUGUGUAAAAGAAUUGUUAAUUUGUUUAGGGGUGGGGAAGUGUCUGCAAGGUGUCUUGGGUUUAUUUUGGUUCUUUAAAAAGGGAAGUCUCGAGGUUUUAGAAGUGUGAAUUAUCUUUCAUCAAUGUGCAGAAUCACAAUGUGAAUUAUCAAAUUCUCCUUAACCCCUCCCAGUCCUUUGCUGCUAUCCACUGUGAUUUUUAUGCAUUAAAAGCACAUUUCAUGUGUAUUAAACCCUAAGUAAAGUUGAAUGAAACUUAGAGUGAAAAUUGCUAUGUCUUUUUAAAUGGCCCAUUUUCAAAAGAUAGUGUUGAAUAAACAUACCUAUGUGAUAAAACAGAAUUUACAUAUACACUGAAAAUGAUUUUUUUAAAUUCCUACUUUAAAAAGAUUUAUUUAGAAUUGUGAAUUGACAUAAUCUUGGGUAAUAAAAUGCAGAUCUGCAACAUAUCUUUUACAGUGCUCUUUUCUAAAUUAUUUCUAAGGUUGUGCUCAUUUUUUUGGUUGUGAAAAGUUGAAUUUUUCUGUUGCCUUCAUUUUCAUCUUUUGGUUUGUCUAUUUUAAUAAAUGGCCUUACAUUUUAAAAUUGUAAAGAAAUGUAUACCACCGAUUUAGAAAUUGUUGCCUUUUCUGUCAUUAAACUCGGGUACAAAUUGGCAUAACAUAUAAAGACCUAUGAAACUAGAACUAUUAUUAAAGAAAUAUUAGAUGAUCAUAGUUUCCUGUGAUAGCAUUUUUUUGUCUUCUUUAUACUUUCCUUUGGUAAAAUGUUUUAUCUGUGAUUUCUUUAGCUUAGUCAACAUUUCCUUAGGUGAAUUUGAUUGUACAACUAAUUUUCAUAAAUGGACUGGAUUCUCUUGCAACACUGAAGUUUAUAUAAAGUUUUAAAUUGAUUUGACUAGAAAGGAAUCAUUGUUUUAAAGUUAGAUUUAUAUUUUUCUUUUACAUAGUCACUAUUAAGUGUACUGGAUUUGACCACUCCUUCCCCUCACUUUAAACAACCCUCAAUGACUUUAGUUAAAACACUGUGGAAAUUGUGGAGCAGUUUUUCUCACAGGUGAAAAAAAUGCUAAAACUGUUAUCAGAAAUAUGGAAGUUUCAUUGCCUAUUAUUUGUACUGCCAUUUACAAGUAUUUUUUUGGUUUCUUUUUUAAUUUAGCUAAAUCUUAAGAAAUUUGGCAUCACUGUUUUAUCUCUGAGUUAGUUGUGGGGGGAGGAUGUUAUGCCCAAUAAUUUUUAGUUAUUUUGAAAUGUGUAGUGUUUAUUCAUUUCACAAUUCUGCAACUUAUGUCGUAUUUGGUGAUUGCCCUGUCCAGAAGAUGUUUCCAGCUACACAACUUUAAAGAAAAUGGUUCCAUCUCAGAUGAAACAUGUAAUUUGAGAUGUUUCUUCCUUCGUCAUUUAAAGUUUUCCCGUCUCUUACCCACUUUAAACACUAGGGUGAAGGUCUUAGGUCAGACUUAUUCGUUUGUCAUUCAGACAUAUCUGUAUCUCACUUUUUUCUCUAUUUGUUUUUUAGGGUCAGAACUGAGAUAUUACCAAGAAAAGGCACAGUGCCAUGAUACCAUGGUGUUAUGAUAUUUUAACUUAAAGGGGGAAAGGUACUUAAUUUUGGUGGAAUGUUGAUUGUACCUUGUUACAAAGACUCCUUUUUCAUUUUCUGAGAUGUUUUCACCUAAUAAGAUGGAAUAUGGAGUAUACUGUAAUAAUAUAAUUUAAAUAUUCACUAUAAGCUAUUUGGAUUAAGAACUAUUACAGAGUUGUAAGCUUGUUAUCAAAUUAAUGCAAGACAUUUAAACUAUUUUUUUGCAAAACUAUUUAUUUUUAAACAACUUAAAAUAUAUCUAGGGUGAGUUAAAAGUCCCUGUGCAUCUAUAUUAGAUGGCAGGUAUUGUCACAGAGUCACUGUGUAUUAAUAAUAAAUGUUGAAAUGGAGCAUUUACAUGUCCUCUUCGUGAGAUCAUGGUGCACAGAGGUCUUUGGACUGCCCUGACCUGUCUUAUGUGGACAUAACCUGUUCCCCACAUUUUCUCUUGAUGCCACGUGGUUAAGAUCCACCCAUUUAGUGUCAAGAUUAUUCUGAUUUUCAUCUAAAUGUUUUAAAAUUGUGUUUUGUGUUUUAAUGGAGGGCAAGUCUUGAUAGUGUUCUAAUCCAGAAAGCCAAUUUUUGAUGUGCUUUUGUAUAUUCAUUAUAUAUAAUCCUUUAAAGUAAUAUGCCCUGUUCUUAUCCAACUUGAAAUCAUUAGAUUCUGAUAGUGUAAUAAUAAAAAUGAAAAUAUUUGCCAAAAAACUGAAUUUACAAGCAGAAAAGUAUAUUGCCAAAAAAUUAAAUUUACCAGCAGAAAGAUGUAUUGCAAAAUUUCUUCUUUUGUGUGGAAAGGUAUCCAUUUGGCAUAGGUAGCACAACAUAAUGUGAAAGAUCGGCUUUAUAUGAAACUAAAACAGUCUCGUUAAAAGUGGAAAGGGGGAUAAAAGAGAACUCUUCAUCCUGUAGUUUGGUCUAGAUACAAUUUGGUUAAAUUUUUGGAUCCUAUUGAAAGGUAACUUACAGAUGAUAGGGACACAACUUGUAAGUGAUUUUAAGUAUGUGCUUCUAAAAAUCGGAGCUCAAGGCAAGAAAAAGAAAACAGGAAAGCUGCAUCCAUUUGCCAUAAUAAGUGAAUCAGAAUUUUUUUUUAUCAAAUAUUUCAUCACAAAACAUGGAGGCCAGAAACUAUUUUUAGGCUUUCUAGGACACUAUUAUGCAGUUUUAUGAACGAGAAAGCUAUGAAAGUACUUGAAAUAUCUCACUCUUUUUCUAAGGAAAACUAUUCUUUUUCUACUUGGUGCAAUAAUCUGAAAAUUUAGAAGGUCAAAAUAUUAUAUCACAGGAAAUGAUCAUAGAACUAAAAAUAAGUUUUAAGGAAACCAGCUACACAGGGCAACCAUCUUGCUGUUGAAGAAAAUCAUGUGCCAAAAGACCAUAAAUUAUUGGCAUAUAGAAAAUAAAACCUAAAGUAUACAUUAUAAUUUCUGAGCCAGUAUUAUUUAAACAGGAUAAAAAUUACUAAAAUCUUACUUAGGUUUAUGCAAUGUCUCUGCCAGUGCUAAAUAUCUUUGUAAACAGUGCUUUCGGAAAUGCCAAUUUUAAUUUCUGUACAUUUCACAUUGUAUAUGAGAGCAAUUGCUUCAUGAAUGAUUCAAAAUAAUAUAUUUCAUUUAAAUUUGAAUUGCUUUUCAUCAAUGUGAAGUCUUAAUUUGAAAAUGAAAUCACACUACCAGCAAUAGACAGUUUUGUUGAAUACGCUAAUAAGGAACAGUAGCCAGUUCCAUAAAUAACUGUAAAAUUCUAAAAGUGUUGGUACGCAAGUAAUCACAAAUUGGUUUUGUUUUAAUACUUUUUUAAUCCUGUAAAGAAGGUUUUUUAUAAACAUCCUUUUUAUUAAUCAACCAUAACAUGGCAAAAUGCAUAGUUGCUAUUUCUGAAAAGUGAUCCAAACUCUACAUCCAGAGAUGAUGAAAAAUUCUUAUAGAAUUUUGUAAUGAGUAUACAUGUUGGGUUAAAGAAAUUUCAUAGUUGUUGGAGUGCCAUGAAAUUAAUACUUGCAAUUCAGAUUGCUGUAGUUUACACUUUUUCUGUAUGUUUCAAAUCAGGUGUGUAUCAUUUGUACUGAGAACACCACAGAACGAAUUAUCCAAAGUCCAUUGAUUUUAAUAUGUGUUUUGGUUUGUAAACAAAUUAUAGUAAUUUCUUGCACAUUUUUGGAAAUUAAUUGUAGAAGAAUUUAUGUAUCUGCUUCUAGAUACAGUGUGUAAAUAAAAAUUUCAUUCACAAGA